AUGGGACAUGACAGGAGACGUCCAGGUAAACCACCCCCAGGUAAGCUGAAUAUUGCCCUGUUGUCUUUGCAAGCUCACCAUCUCCAUUUCAACAAUGAGCUAGCUAAACGGCUAGACAACCUACAAAUCGCCAAUGCAGCCGCCGCUGAGGAGAACGCAUCCGUGGAGAACUGUUGGGACACAAUCCAAUCGAAGGCGCUGGCCGUCCUCGGUCGCGCAUCCCGUCAUCUACAACCUGCUCUUCGGGAAGGACCGCCUGCAAAAAGCCUACAUCGACCACCCCACCGACGACGACAACAAAGCGGCAUUCUAGCGUUGCCGCCGCCUUGUGCAACAACGUCUGCGCGAGAUGCAGAACGGACGGGCGGCCCGCACGUCUAUGGAGAUCCAAGGGUACGCGGACCACAUCGAAUGGAAGAACUUCUUCUCCGCCAUCAAAUCCAUCUACUUUCCGCUCGCCAAAGGUACUGCACCUUUCCUCGGCGCAGACUGCAAAACCCCGUUCACCGAUAGACACAAAAACUGCAGCGAUGGGUCGAACAAUUCAGAGGCGUCCUCAAUCGCCCCUCCAUCAUCUCCGACACUGCCAUCGCCCGCCUGCCCCAAGCGAAAACAAACACCAACCUUGACCUCCCACCCUCUAUCCACGAGACUAUCAGGACCGUGCAGCAGUUCUCCAGCGAGAAAGCGCCCGCAUCGGACGCGAGGUCUGCGGAGGUCUACAAGCACGUUGGUCACCAAUUCAUGCAGCAUCUGACGGCAGCACCGGACAUCGUGGGACGACUGCCCAGUCUGCCGCAGGGCAUCAACCACCGCCUGAUGAGCCUCCGCUUUCCUCUCCGGGGUGGAGAAAUUACCAUCCUUGUCAAUAUCUUCGCUCCGACGAUGAGCAGUCCCGCCGAGACGAGAAACAAAUUCUACGCGGAACUGCACGCACUCCUGGCGUCUGAGCCGACGACUUGGUGA